GAUUUCUUGAGCAAUUUAUUCACUCAUUUAUUGUCCUGGAUUCUUUCUAGGAACAAAGACAAUACCUUCAUACUGGAUGAAAUUAAUAGUCUACACAUCCAAAACAAUAGACUUUACAAACAUAGGGUCAUACAUGUAAAUUACACAACCUACAAUGUUAGAAGAGUGCAGGACUCCCUGAACCCUUGUUUGUAUGCAGAUAUUAUGGUCUACUUGGAUGACCAGUAUUUCAACUAUCUGUUCAUAUUUGUACAAAUAGUUAGUAUCUUCCAUGUUAAUGUUGCCUACUUUAGGCCUAGAUUGAGCUCCUUACAUUAUAAAAGAAUUGAUUUUGUCUAG